AUGCAACCUGUCAAUAACUAUUCUUUGUUCGCAGAGAACGGGUCGCCACGCCACACUGACAUGAAUGCAAUGUCAUCAUCCACUGAUAAUAAUAAGUCAGGUGGCAACGUGGAUCAGCAGGUAUUAUUAACACAUGGCUAUGUUCAUGGACACAUACAUAAACAUAAAGACCACACACAUAUUCACGGUCAUAUUCACAACCACGAUCACGAUAAGAUUCAACUACUACCACAGUUUACCACUACCACCGCCAACAAUAAUAUUCCAGAUUUGUCAUGCUCACAGUUAGAUUUAUCAUUCUGUGACGAUGUCUUAUGCGAUGAGCUCGAUGAUUGCUUCUUUUUAAAUUGUGAUGGUAGUGAGAAGGGUGCUUCCGAAUGCUGUGACCACGAUGAUUGUUGUAUACAACAACAUCCAUCUCAACAAGAAGCUUCAACCUGUGACAAAGGAAGAAUAGAUGAGAUUUGCUGCACCGAUUUUCAUUGUGACGCUGAUGGUUACAAAUCCGAGGAAUGCUGUGAUGAUCCCAACUGUCCAGACUUCAAUGAAAUCAAGCAUGACCACACGAUAAUUUGCAACGAUCCUGAAUGUUCAAGUUCGAAAUGCUGCAACAAAUCGACUGUACAGCAACAUGAGAAGAAUCACCUCUGUGAACUCCAACUAUCAAAACAACCCAUUUUUGAAGAUUUGAUAGGCAGUUUAACCCAACUUCAAUCCCAGAAUAACCCUCAAAUGUCAUCGCCACCAUCAAAGAAGCAAAGGUUAGAUACGAGUGGGUUUGAAAUUCAUUUCCCACAUGAAUGUCAUCCUGAAGAUAGUGCUGAAUCUGUCAGCUCGCAUCGUUUCCAUCAAUCAUGUUUUCAUACCACCAUUCCUGGAAGUUCUACCCAGUCUGACGAAGAAAGAAGGAUGUCCGAUUUCGAUUUUGUUAUUCAAUUUAACAAUUUCAAUCAGCUUUUGAGAGAGGGUGAUGUCGGUAAUUCCAACUCCAUUGGAACCGGGCCCACUACUGAUUCCUUUAAUAAUAAUGUUCACACUCCUGCUGCCUCGGCUUCUUCUAAUAACAUGCUGUUAACCCCAACAGGUGAUCAUAUCCACAAUGAUGAAUUUUCAUGCCAGUGGGAAAAGUGUUUCAAGAAAGUCAACGACGACACAUUCCUCAAUCAUGUGCUUGGAGAACACGUUGUGCAAGAUCAACUCGGUCUGACGCCGAGCAAGCCAGAAUAUCAGUGUGAGUGGAAUGAUUGUAAUUUUAUGGACACGGAUUUCAAGGCCCUAGUUGACCAUUUAAACUCUCAUAAACAACAAGCAAGUAAUUGUUCCCAUUUGAACCACAAUCACAACAAUAAUGGCAUUCCUACAUUGUGCAGCCAGCCGCAACAACAAUUUGCGAUCACUCCCGCUUCCACCGGAUCUAUCGAAACAUCUCCUAACGAUUUUUGUCAGCACAAUCCCAUGAUAAUGCAAGAAUCAACAUCAUUAUCUUCUCCCAAUGUGAACAUCACUUCCAUUAAGAUUAUGCCCAAGAAACGUCCGUCUUCAAGAUCAAGAAACAUAUCAGAAUCCCCACCUGAUCCAGAGUUUAAAUGUAUGUGGGAAAUUGGAGUCUCUCCAGAUGGGACCUAUAUUCCAUGUGGCAAGACCCACCAAUCCGCAGGGGAACUACAAGAACACCUUAUCCAAGACCAUAUUGGAUCCGGAAAAUCGAUAUAUAACUGUAGUUGGAUAGGUUGUGAUCGACACCACGGGAAAUUAUUCAAUCAGAGACAGAAGUUAUUACGCCAUAUUCAUAUACAUACCCGUUACAAACCUUUCAAGUGUCUGAUUUGUGAGUCUUGCUUUGCGGUAGAAGGAAUGUUGGAACAACAUUUACGUAUUCAUUCUGGUGAGAAGCCGUUCAAAUGUUCGAUAUGUGGGAAGCAAUUCGCUACUAGUUCUUCUUUGUCGAUUCAUAAUCGUGUACAUACUGGUGAAAAACCAUUAGUGUGUAAAUGGCCUGGCUGUGGGAAGAGGUUUAGUGAGAGUUCGAAUUUGACUAAGCAUAUGAAGAUCCACACGAAGUGCUUUGUGUGUGAGGUAUGUGGGAAGGAAUUUGAUAAAAAGACGUCAUAUAAUCGUCAUAUUAAGUCACAUAGUACCUAG